UGCAUCAUCGCUCAUCAUCCCCCAUCAUCUUCCGCACCUUCUCCCUCCCUCUCUGUCUGUCCAUCUCCUCCCUCUUUUGCGCACAGAGCAGUCAGAGCACACACACGACUGCACAGAAACACAAGAGAGACAAUAGAGAAUAGUUUGGGUCAUCAUGCUGCUUGGAUUAUUCCUGUAAGCAACAUGGCGCUCUGGACUGUGAGGUAGAGGUGAACAAUCUGUGACAGCGUGUGUUCGUCCCUGGCCGAAAGUUCCCGCAGGUUUUCAUGUUGCCAACUGAGAUUUCAGGAGGAGUGUGUUUCACCUCAAGCGAUCACACUGAGGGAAGGAGAGAAGGGAUGAAAACAGAGGAAAGCCAGCAGUCUUGUCUGCAGCAGCCUCGAUCCUCAACGCCUUUCGGUCCGGAGUACAGAGGGGGGGGAGAGCUGUGUGCGGGCUGCGAGUCUCCCAUCGCCGACCGCUUCCUGCUGCGCGUGAACGAGCGCUCCUGGCACGAGACCUGUGUCAAGUGCGCUGUGUGUUUGAGUGCGCUCACCGGGACCUGUUACUGCAGGGACCGGCUGCUUUACUGCAAGCCUGACUAUGAGAAGCUAUUUGUAAGGAAGUGCAGUGCCUGCCUGCAGGUGAUUGGACGUUCGGAGCUGAUAAUGCGUGUGCAAGGCCAGGUGUACCACCUGGGCUGCUUCACCUGCUGUGAGUGUGAACGCCGGCUGCAAAGAGGUGAUGAAUUUGUGCUGAAAGAAGGCCAGCUGCUCUGCCGUAUGGACUAUGAGAAGGAGAGGGAAAUGCUGGCUGCUAUUAGUCCCACACCUACUGAAUCAGUGAAAAGUGAGGAUGAGGAAGGUGGAGGUGGCUCUGGUGGGGGAAAAGGUGGUGAUGAAGGCAAGGAGCACAAGCGUUCAAAGAGGCCACGUACCAUCUUGACCACACAGCAGCGCCGUGCUUUCAAGGCCUCCUUUGAAGUGUCCGCUAAGCCUUGCCGUAAGGUGAGAGAGACACUGGCUGCUGAGACUGGACUGACAGUGCGUGUUGUGCAGGUGUGGUUUCAAAACCAAAGAGCCAAGAUGAAAAAGAUAGCUCGCCGACAGCAGCAACAGCAGCAGCAGCAGCAGGAACAGGAGCAGCUGGGAGGAACACGGAGAGGACCCAGCAGAGGAGGCCGCCAGAGCAAUGAUGACAGUGAGGAUGGCUCUAGUACCCAUGGCAUGGAUGGGAUACUGGGGUAUACUUCUCUGCCACGUCAACAGCUACUAGCUCUGGACCCAAACAUCUAUGGUGGAGAACCAUUUCGACAUGGGCUUACACCGCCACAGCUGAGCAGCGAACAACUCCAUUCCUAUGACUCAGAGACAGUGUUCCAUGACCUGGACAGCGAUGGAAGCCUCGGUCACCUUGGAGACUGCCUCUUAGCAACAGGAGAUGGCAGUCUCCUGGCAGGGCGAGUGGGAAAUCCCAUUGACCGUCUCUACUCCAUGCAGAACUCCUACUUCACCUCCUGACCCUUAUAAACCAGCACCCUUCCCCUCCUGUUCCACCUUUCACCUCAGAGAUGCAGCUAAUGGAGUCUGUCCAUCAACAUGCCUGUGGGACCACUCUCCAUGAGAAUACCUACACCAAAACACACUUCUGAGCUUUUAUCACAGGCCAAAAUCAUCACAAGUCAAGCAUAGUCACAAUAACAACUUGCAGCAGAUUGGCAUGCUUCCAUUACCAUUUCUCGGUGAGAAUCUCAUGCUGGAAUUACAGACACUGUACAUGUCUAAGAAAUGUAAAAGGACCUUAAUUUCUCAUGUUGUAUUUAUGUAAUGUUCAACACAUUUCAUGGCACUUUCAAACUAAAAAAGACAAUUAAAAGACUCUUAUCAAACAUUGAUAUGUAUAUCAUGAAUUACAGAAGAUAAUUGUGGUUGUUGCAAGAGAAUUCUUCAAUCAAGUUAUGUGUAUUUAGGUUUUUCAGCAGGUCUUAUAACCAGAAUUAGUGAAUUGCUUUUUUUUUUUUUUUUGGACAAGACUAGUGAUUAGUUAGAAUAGGUGUGUGAAAGACUGCAGCGUAUGCAAUUAUGUAUAUGGAUUGGAGUUCUUUUUUGCUCUCAGGUUAGUGUGUAUGUUUGUGUAACCUGGGUUGAAGCUCAGGAUAUUCAGCUGGAUAAUAUUCAGUUUAACUUGCCCAAUGACUCCAAGAUAAUAGAUUGUAAAGAGGGACACUUUCUCUGUUUAAAAUGUUAAUUUCAAACAACAUUCUUAGUUUUAGUGAUGCAUGAUGUAUAUCAAAUGGACCAAAAUAUCAUUUUUUGUUAGCAUUUGGUCAAUAUUACAGGGUCUUUUAAGAAGCCUUAAGUGGAAACAGGGUUACGUAGGUUACUAUUACAUAAACCUUCCUUCUCUUUUGUAAUUAAACAAGAAGCAGUGUAGUAAAUGACAACAGAAAUAUAAUGCCCAAAGUUAGGACACUGGGUUCACAUGAUGUACUCAGAAUGUAUAUGUGAGUAUGACUGUGUUACAAUUAUUUGUAGUCACUUUCUGUAAUAAUUUCCUUAUCAAACAUCUCAAAUAAGAUGUUGUUAGGUAGAUAUUUUGUACCUUCUUCUGUGAUAAUCUGCAUAUAUUUAAACUGUAGCAUGAUAUUUAUGUGUCUCAAGGUAGAUCUAAAGGAAUAGCCUCUAAACUGGAGUUAAAUAGCAAGUGUUGCAGAAAGCAUCGGGAGAAGAGUCAUAAUGUGGUGCAGAAUAAAAUAGGAUUUGGGUAAUACUUGUUUCAUUUAAGUGCCACUGAUCAGCUACAGCUUGUGAAAUUAUUUCAUGGCGUUGUGUUUAUCUCUGAUCCCAGACUCAUGGUAUUUUUACAGUGAUAUUUUUGUGAAUGUAACUUAUUUGUGAGGUAAGUUCCUAUCUUACUUUUUUGUUCAGUGACUGCUAGGUGAUGUGCUUUGAAUGUAAUGUUGCUGUAUCUUCAAUACAAUCUACGGUUUCACCUUUGGA